AUGACAGGAAAAACAAAAGCUUUAAGAAUUAUUCUUAAUUCUUUAGCCAAAGAAGGGAGCAGACUGCCGUGUUUUGUUUGGGUUUCAUAUCAUAAAACUCUCAGUAAUGAGACUAAAGCUAAAGUUGAUAUACUACAAAAUACAGGAUUGUGUGUAUGUAAUUAUCAAGAAGUUGAAGGAGAUUUAGCUAUAUGUAAUUGGGAU